AUUUAACCUUUAACCAUGGCAGGGUCAGGAUAUACGUUAGUGUUUACGGCUUUGGCGAUUCUGUGUGCGGAAGCGACCUCACCGCCUAUCACGGUUGUCCCUGGUCGUCCCGAGAGUGUGUCGCUUGAAAAGUCGGCUCUCUACUACCUGUGGAAUGAACAACUGGACUAUCAAGGAGUUCUACCAGCGGAAAGGGAUACGCGACCCAUAGGAACUUUGCUGUCUCCUGAAUUCUUCCACGUGGUCAAUCUAGUGCCCCAGGAUGCCCCUCAUCCCCUUUACGUCAAUAGAUACGCUGAACUACGCGCUGCUUUACUCCGCGACCACAUGCUCCAAGACACUGUAGACCCCAGUGAUUCAAGGAUGAAAUCAAACAACGGUCUGACAGCAAAAACCCUCACUGGCAAAUCCGUUGUCUUCAAGAGGGACAAUAGAGACAAAAUCACUGUGAACAACAUCCCUGUAGAAAGCGUGGAAACACUGUCUGACGGGAUUGUAAGCUACACACUGGAUGGUGUCCUGUUUGAUUACGUGCAGCAAGUGGACGGCGCCUUUCAUGAGUACUUGAGAGAUUCGUCGUCUUGAGAUGCACAAGCAUAAAGGUGCAGAAACAUAUAUAUACAAGCAUGCACACACAAACACACACACUGAACAAAAUCACUACAAGAUAAGCAAAAGGUAUCCAGACAGAAAAAUCACAAGAAUGAAGGAAAGCGGGGAAAAUGGGAGAGAACGGAGAGGGAAAAAAAGUUUUUGUUAUCUUACUUCGGUUAUAAAUAUGUAUAUACAUUUCAGUACCUUGUAAUAUUUGUUUUUAUUUUUACUUAAUCACUUAAUUGCUCCCGCCAGGUACUUUGCAUAAUGUAAGAAAAUCAAGAAAAUUAUAAUGUGCAGGAUAUGAAGAGGUUAUAUUUUCUUCUGUGUUAUUGGUACUGGAUGAACUUACAUGCAGAGUCAGCAGAUUGUCUACAACUUUGUUUUUAUGUAUAGGUUUGACAGAUCAAAAUUAUUCUAUGUUACUUUUUCACCUAUUAUCUAAUGUACUUAUGCUGACACGUUUAAUCACACAUUUAAUAUAACCGCUGUUAACUGAAACAUGUCUAGAAUUCCUUGCACUGGGUUUGAGAAAAUAAAAGUUUUUUUUUCACAA